AUGGAUUUAAGUGACCCAGUAAAAACUUUACUUUUUGCUUUUUUAAUUAUUUUAUUUGUUGUGUGGCUCCUUAAAAGACAACAGGUGCAGAAAGGCAGGUUACCCCCAGGACCUCCUGCCCUCCCACUUCUUGGUAACUUGUUCCAUGUGAAUGUAAAAGCACCUCACAAAUCUCUCGUCAAGUUGAGUGAGCAAUAUGGCCCUGUGUACACUGUCUGGUUUGGUACCUACCCUGCAGUGGUGCUAUGUGGUUUUGACACUAUUAAAGAAGCACUGAUUGAGCGAGGGCAUGACUUUGCCAGUAGGUACCCUCUCCCAAUACUCCAUAAAGCAUCAGAAGGUUACGGAGUUAUCGCCAGUAGUGGGGAGAGAUGGAAACAGCUCAGGAGAUUCUCUCUUAGCACCUUGAGGAAUUUUGGAAUGGGGAAAAAAAGCAUUGAAGAGCGAAUCCAAGAUGAAGCACAGUUUCUAGUGAAAGCUUUCAGAAAUAAAAAAGAGAGCCCAUUUAAUCCAGAUUUUCUGAUGAGAUGUGCAGCAUCGAAUAUCAUCUGUUCCAUUGUCUUUGGAGAUCGCUUUGAAUAUGGAGAUAAGGAAUUUCUCUCAUUAUUGGAAAUGAUUGCAGACAAUGGCCGAAUUUUAAGUGGCCCCUGGGUGCAGUUGUACAAUAACUUACCAGGGAUUAUGGAAUUUCUGCCAGGACCUCACAAAAGGAUCUUCCAAAAUGUAAAGAGUUUGAGUGCAUUUUUGGAUAAAAGUAUUCAAAGUCACAAAGAAAGUUUGCAGAGGCAUUUCUCCAGGGAUUAUAUCGACAGCUUCCUCAUCAAGAUGGAUGAGGAGAAACACAACCUUGAUUCAGAAUUCAAUUACAAGAACUUGUUGAUGACGACAAUGAAUUUAUUUCUGGCUGGAACUGAAACAACUAGUACAACGCUGCGAUGGGCUAUCCAGAUCCUGGCAAAAUAUCCACACAUUCAGGAGAAAAUUCAUCAAGAAAUCGACGAGGUAAUUGGAUCCUCGCGAUGUCCGUCUAUUGAAGAUCGAUCAAAAAUGCCAUACACAGAUGCUGUCAUUCACGAGGUCCAACGAUAUGCUGACCUUGUUCCCAUGAAUCUUCCACACAUGGCAUCGAACGAUAUAGAAUUCAGAGGAUAUCUGAUUCCUAAGGGCACAUUUGUGAUUCCUGUCCUUUCCUCUGUCCUGAAAUCCCCCAGCCAGUGGGAGAAACCAGAUUCUUUUGACCCAAAUCAUUUCCUUGAUAAAAAUGGAUGUUUCAAAAAUAGCGAAAGCUUCAUGCCAUUCUCUGCAGGGAAAAGGAAAUGUCUGGGAGAGUCUUUGGCUCGCAUGGAACUUUUCCUAUUUUUGACAACUCUGCUUCAGAACUUUGUCUUCAACCCUGUUAUUGACCGCAAAGAUAUUAACAUCUCAUCAGUUUUGAGUGGAAUCUUGCACAUACCCCACAUGUACAAGUUUUGUGCUAUUUCUCGUUAA